UAGCAUAUUUUAGCACUCGUAGCUGGUACGCACAUACCGACAGUCCCCGGCAAAGAAACACCUAAAACACUUUCGCUGACAGAACCUCCAAUCUGCAAGCAAGAUGAAAGCGUUUUUAGCUUGUCUGCUAGUGGCCGUACUUAUAGCACAAUGCUUUUCUGAGCUGAGCCAGGACAGACAAUGGCACGCAUGGAAGGAUUUUCACGGAAAGACUUACACAGGCGAAGAAGAGGACCUUCGACGUGCAAUCUGGAACGACAACUUAGAGAUUGUAAAGAAGCACAAUGCAGAGAAUCACUCAUACAAGCUCGACAUGAACCAUUUCGCGGACUUGACCGUGACCGAGUUCAAGCAGAGAUUUAUGGGAUACCGCGCCGCCUCUAACUCGACUGGCGGUUCGACAUUCCUGCCCUUGAGCAAUGUACAGCUACCCGCGGAAGUAGACUGGAGGGACAAGGGAUUUGUUACAGCCGUCAAAAACCAAGGUCAGUGCGGUUCGUGCUGGGCCUUCAGUUCCACUGGGUCUUUGGAGGGUCAGCAUUUCAGGAAAACCGGCAAAUUGGUCUCCCUUAGCGAACAGAAUCUGGUGGACUGCUCUAAAAAAUACGGCAACAACGGCUGCGAGGGGGGCCUUAUGGAUUAUGCCUUUAAGUACAUCAAGAAUAAUGAUGGCAUUGAUACUGAGCAGAGCUACCCGUAUACAGCGCGUGACGGCCAAUGUCACUUCAAGCCCGGGAGUGUGGGAGCCACUGUUACAGGUUACACUGACGUCCAAAGAGGGAGCGAGGGAGAUCUACAGAGCGCCGUAGCUACUGUUGGUCCCAUCUCGGUGGCCAUUGACGCAGGCCACAGCUCAUUCCAGCUCUACAAGACUGGUGUCUACAGCGAGCCGGAUUGUAGCAGCACGCAACUGGAUCAUGGGGUACUGGCGGUCGGUUAUGGAGCCGAGGAUGGAAAGGACUAUUGGCUAGUGAAGAACUCCUGGGGGGAGGGGUGGGGCAUGAAUGGGUACAUCAAGAUGUCCAGGAAUAAAGACAACCAAUGCGGAAUCGCCACACAGGCCAGCUACCCCCUCGUCUGAGCAGCUACUCCGACCAAACUCUGUUUUGUGUUGAUAAAAUGCAGUAGUGUAUUUAGUGCCAUAAGUCUGGUAUGAAGGAAUUCUUAUUUGGCUGCGUAAAGCAACUCUCUACAUUGGAACUUGGAUUUUACGAUAACCUCGAUUUUACGAUAGCGUUUCUUUCUCCCGACGAAAAUACAGUUAAAUACAGAUUACUGUCUUACAGAGACUUACUGUACAGUCUUACACGGAGUACAGCUACAAUAUUACUAUUUUGUAAAAGUUAAUAAUUAACUCGACCUCGCUACAACGAUAUUUUCAAUGGAUUUUCCUUUAUAUCGUAAAAUCGAGGACCUCUUUGCAACGAUUCCCCGAUUUUACGAUACAUUUUCUUUCUCCCGAGGCAUAUCGCAAAAUCCAGGUUCCACUAUUUCGACCAAACUUUGUUUUUGUUGCUUUAAUGUAAUAAUGUAUUUAGUGCUAGCCUGGAUAUAAAGGACUUCUAUGAUAAACUA